AUGUUCUACUAUCGCAUAGUCACCAAGUGGUCGCACAUGUUCGGAGACGCAGAAUUGGUGGGGCUUAUAAGUAAAGCAUUGGUUGACAGAGCAAGUGAGUUAAACGAUUUAAGCUUCAAAUUGAGUGAUCACUUUAGAGGCGCUAAUUUAGAAUUCUUGAAUAAUCUCGAUAGCUAUGAGAAACAGUUGUUCAAAAGCAGCCAUAAAUCUUACAAAGAUCUGAAGAUCUGGUGGCUCAAAAAGCCCAACUCAUGA